CAUACACAAAAUAGUCAAAUUGAUGAAGUGAAAUUAAAAAAAUAACUUGUUUCAAAAUAUUCUAAAAAAUAAAUAACGGAAAAGUGGUGCGUGCAUAUGUAUUCACCCCCUUUGCUAUGAAGCCCCUAAAUAAGAUCUGGUGCAACCAAUUACCUUCAGAGGUCACAUAAUUAGUUAAAGUCCACCUGUGUACAAUCAGUGUCACAUGAUCUGUCACAUGAUCUCAGUAUAUAUGCACCUGUUCUGAAAGGCCCCAGAGUCUGCAACAUCACUAAGCAAGGGGCACCACCAAGCAAGUGGCACCAUGAAGACCAAGGAGCUCUCCAAACAGGUCAGGGACAAAGUUGUGGAGAAGUACAGAUCAGGGUUGGGUUAUAAAAAAAUAUCUGAAACUUUGAACAUCCCACGGAGCACCAUUAAAUCCAUUAUAAAAAAAUUGAAAGAAUAUGGCACCACAAUAAACCUGCCAAGAGAGGGCCGCCCACCAAAACUCAUGGACCAGGCAAGGAGGGCAUUAAUCAGAUAGGCAACAAAGAGACCAAAGAUAACCCUGAAGGAGCUGCAAAGCUCCACAGCGGAGAUUGGAGUAUCUAUCCACAGGACACUCCACAGAGCUGGGCUUUACGGAAGAGUGGCCAGAAAAAAAGCCAUUGCUUAAAGAAAAAAAAUAAGCAAACACGUUUGGUGUUCGCCGAAAGGCAUGUGGGAGACUCCCCAAACAUAUGGAAGAAGGUACUCUGGUCAGAUGAGACUAAAAUUGAGCUUUUUGGCCAUCAAGGAAAAUGCCAUGUCUGGGGCAAACCCAACACCUCUCAUCACCCCAAGAACACCAUGCUGUGGGGAUGUUUUUCAUCAUGCUGUGGGGAUGUUUUUCAUCGGCAGGGACUGGGUCAUUGGUCAGAAUUGAAGGAAUGAUGGCUGGCGCUAAAUACAGGGAAAUUCUUGAGGGAGUCCUGUUUCAGUCUUCCAGAGAUUUGAGACUGGGGCGGAGGUUCACCUUCCAGCAGGACAUUGACCCUAAGCAUACUGCUAAAGCAGCACUCGAGUGGUUUAAAGGGAAACAUUUAAAUGUCUUGGAAUGGCCUAGUCAAAGCCCAGACCUCAAUCCAAUUGAGAAUCUGUGGUAUGACUUAAAGAUUGCUGUACACCAGCGGAACCCAUCCAACUUGAAGGAGCUGGAGCAGUUUUGCAGUUUUCCUGUUUUUUUGUCUUAUUUCUUGUUAAUUUCACAAUAAAAAAUAUUAUUCAUCUUCAAAGUGGUAGGCAUGUUGUGUAAAACAUUACAAUUACGUUUUAAUUCCAGGUUGUAAGGCAACAAAAUAGGAAAGUUGCCAAGGGGGGUGAAUACUUUCGCAAGCCACUGUACCUGCAGAUUCAUGCAGGGUAGUAACGUUAUGAGUUGGGAUUAUGGUUCAUUAUUUAGAUAGCUAGCUAGCUACGUGUCUAAACAAGACUCCACUAUGCAAGUAACCAUUUCAAUAGAAUGUUCAUGAUGUCACUGUGACAGCUGUCGAUAGACGUAGCUGGUAAAUUCGCUCUGGCUAUCUACUCCGAUUUCAGAGCGCAGAAUAACUGAUUAAUUUACGAACGCUCAACACCCGUUGAAUAUGGCCGGUGUCAGUAAACGUUGGCAAAAAAGCGUAAUUAAAUUGUUGCCAGCAGCACAGUUGCAGUCACCAAUGCUCUGGAUAAUAUAAGAACAGCCUAACCAGCUCUGCUCGGGUUAGUAAAAUGGUCAGAGUGAGCUGUUCCCUUAUUUGUGUCUGGAAGUAGCUAGCAAAUGUUAGCCAGUUAGCUUGGGUGCUUGACUGCUGCUGUUAGGUCAGAACGCUCAAAUCAACCCUACUCUUUGGCCAGAGCGUCCAGUGUGUGCUCUGAACUCUCAGAGCGAAACACUCUGAAUUUACGAACGGACAAUCUGACAACGCUCUGAAUUUACGCGCGCCCAGAGUGCACUCUUGAGCACACUCUUGCACUCCAGAUUGAAUUAACGAACACACCCGUAAUAUAAACCAGCCUUUAGUCUUGAAAUCUUUGGUUGUUUAGUACAUGGCCUCACAUGUGAAUCCUUAAAGAGCUGGGUGGGGCUAAAGCUUAAGAGGGUGUGAAUGAUGCUGAAUGGGUGUAGACAAAGAAGAGCUCUCCAGUAGGUGUACCAAAACAUUCAAUGGCCAUUUUCUCAAAAGUGAGGUUACAAGUUUAUCAACUUUCAAAGCAGAAUUACUCUCCCAUUGUUCAUCAACUGUAGUGUAUGAUAUACAAUUUUCUAGCUCUGAGUCUCUACUUUUAUCCAAUGUAAAAAAACACAAUUUCAAAUUUUGCUACAUAAGACCGAAUCUAGCCGGUCGGUCACAUAUGAACGUGACUGGGCAUUCAAACAUAUCUGUAUCCAUUCAUCAUCAAUAGUGUCUCCCAGGUCUUACUCACAUUUUUGUUUUACAUGUUCUGUGUCAUCGGAAAUCAACUUUGGAAAGUUUGGAAAUCAACUUUAGAGGUUUGUCAGACUGUGUUUGAAACUAUUUUGAAUUUGAAGCUUCUGGCUUGUCCAGUUUUUGAUGCACAGACAGAAGUGUUGCAUCGGCAAAAGACUACCUCAGCGCUGUCACAGACUGGUCUUCCCUGGUUGCCUGACCCUGCUGAGAGACUCCUGUCAACAUCUGAUCCUGCUCAGAUGAGGCAUGACAAAGAAUGACCUUGGUGUACAUUUAUACAUUGAUUCUUGGAUAAUAUAAUGGUUCAAUAAUUGAAAUGACCAUUAUUCCCAGAUCGUAGACUGUAGCCUACCCAUCAACUCAAGAUUGGAACUUUGUAUCCAUUCACUGACUGUUAUAAUAUACUGCAAAAUUCACCUGAGCGCCGGAGACCUUCUCUGGGACACCUGUCACCAUCUGAUCCUGCUAAGACAUGAUGAGCAUAGUGUUGUGUACUGACUGUGCACCAUGACAGUGAAGCAUGUAGAGCUGUUAAUACCAUGUUAGUGUAAAAAGUAGGGAAUAAGCUAGGGAAACUGACAGAUCAAUAACGUUACAUUGCUAUACUGACUAAUAAAAACUCACAUUGUGCUCUCAAAAAAUGUCAGAAUAUCGUUCUUCAAUUGUUUGGCUGCUGGUUUCAUCAUUUGAUUCAGGUGUAGUGUGAUUGAAGCAAAAAAUAAUAACUAAAGUUAGUGAAAACUAGCCAAGUUAAUUUACUUCUGUUGAAACGGGACAGAACAAAGGCUACAAAACAUUUCCAUACACACAAGCUGUUAGAUACUGCUACCUGACAGAUAGCUAGAGGCUAGAGCUGAACUGGCUGUGGUAGCUACUAGCUAGUUCAUUUACUUCAGUCGAGAGGGGAUGAAACAGGUAAUGCAUUAGCUAACGUUACAUGUCAGUUACACUAACUCAGCACUGGGAAUAAAUACUUAUUUUUCUGUUAAGUCAAACAGCAUUUCCUUGCCAGCGAUAUCAGUCAAAUAAAGAGUAGCCAGUUUCUGCUCUGCUUGCUUUUACAACUCGGAGAAAAAGCACAACACACACAGGCAACAGCUGCCUCUGUUCGCACGUUCUGUGGUGUCCCUGUGGAUCCUAAAUCCAGUCGGCUGAAACAGCCUAACUGACCGCUCUGAGAUGUCCGCAUGGUCCUAAAGCAUACCGAUGCACCUGUUAAUUGAAAUGCAUUCCAGGUGACUACCUCAUGAAGCUGGUUGAGAAUGCCAAGAGUGUGCAAAGCUGUCAAAGGCAAAUGGUGGCUACUUUGAAGAAUCUAAAAUAAAGAUAUUUUGAUUUGUUUUUUGGUUAUUACAUGAUUCCAUAUGUGUUAUUUCAUAGUUUUGAUGUCGUCACUAUUAUUCUACAAUGUAGAAAAUAGUAAAAAUAAAGAAAAACCCUUGAAUGAGUAGGUGUGUCCAAACCUUUGACUGGUACUGUAUAAGUCAAUUUAUUUUUUCAACUGGUACCGGGGGACCUUCAGACUAGUCUUGUGAGGCCUGUGGGUGUCCUAGAGCAAAACAGAACUGAUAUAUACGUGUUCGUGAGAGUAUCACCUUUCCACCGAGGGGUCAUAUUAGUGUGUAGCCCAAACUGUUCGAACGCUACAGACAAUGUUGUGAGAAGACCGAUUUUCGGGAUGACAAACACCGCUCUAGCUCUGUCACCUUUCACCGCAUCGACUGUAGUGGGUUAAGCGCAGAACACAACACAACACUGCUACAGUCAAUGCUUGCGCCUUCAACUACAUCGCGGAAGACUGUGCCCCUCUAGCCAAAAUCAUGUAGAAGUUGCGGGCCGUUUUAAACAACUCGCAAGCCACAAUUUAUUUGGUUUGAUAGCUAGCCAACCGGAUAACUUGACCACUGACUAGGCUAUGCACAAAUUUGGAUGGCACAGGAAUGACUGUGCUACUGCUUCAAUGCACUGCUUUUUAAAUCAAAAAUUAUUGAUUUAGGUCCAAAUUUGAGCAAAUUCUAAAAUGUUGAUUAAUCGUGAUUACCUAAUGCCAUUCAUUUGAUUAAUUAUUGCUAUUUUAUAGGCCUGUCACUGUAAAGAUGACCUUUUAGUCUUAGGAGUAUUCAUCUCUACAAUAGCCUACUCUACUGAUUCAUAGCCUAUAGGUCUACCAGAAAACACAGCUUACUCUAUUCCUUGUCCUUUCUCUGUGCUGUCACUUUGAUGUCCAGGCAGCGUCGUCAAGACAACAACCAGACGCUGGCCGCCCGGCAACAGCCAAGACCCCUGUGUCUGUGCCCUGUGACUACUGCCCUCCAGGGGACACUAGCGAGGCGGGGAAAGGGGAACCUGGAGCUCCCGGGGCUGGGGCUGGAGGAGCGGUGGUGUUAGCGGUGAAGACGUGUCUGAAAUGCGAGGUGUCCAUGUGUCAGGUAAAGAUAUAGGAGGCCUAUACAUGGAAUAUUGCUAUUCAGCACCCAUAAUUCAAGUGAAGUCGGGGGAGGUGCAUCUGCGACAGUCGAAAGUGGGACACUAGUGGUUUCCUAACAGCAAGGCUCAGAUCAACAUGGCACUGUCAACAUAGCUGCGAUUGUUUAUGAACGUUUUUCUUUAUAAAUGUCUAAAACUUUUCUAUACCCCCAUAUCACACACUCACAAACUGAAAACAUAGCCUGUGUACAAUUAAUUGGUUAGAGAGGUCUCAAGUAUUACUUUCAUUUGUAUCCCCUGUAGCUUUAGAAUCAUGGAAAAGUUGGUUCCUGUUUCAGUCAUGUCUUUGGCCAUGUUCACAUUGGUCAUACAAAACUCCCCUAAUGACUGAUUGACAAAUAGUGCCUUCCACAAUGCAGGUGAUGGCUGCACGGUGUGGUUGGUGAGAAGCAAACUACAGUGACUUGAAGGCAACUUCAUAAAAAAACUGCAUGGCCUUUGAUCACAUGAUAUGUAAAAAAAAUGUUAUGCCCAUAAUGCAACACACUUUGAAAGGAGGUGACCAACAAUGGUGAACGACUUGAAAACGCCCAUUCUCAAGUGUUGGAUGUGCAUAUCACCUUAUUUUUCUAAGAAAUUGUAAACUUGGUUUUUUAUUUUCAAGAUGAGCAUGACUUAUUUUUUCUUAAUUUUGUCCAUGUGUCAGGAGCAUGUGAAGCCCCACCUGGAGCUGCCUGCGUUUAGGGAGCACCCCCUGACCGAGCCCCUGGGAGACCUGAGGAAGAGGAAGUGUCCUGAACAUGAUGAGAUGUACCGCUACUACUGCAUGGACGACAGGGUGUGUGUCUGCAACGCCUGUACCAUAGAGGGGGGCCACGCUGGACACACCAUCAAGACCCUGAAGAACACCAUGAAGGGUCUGAAGGUAAAGGCUCUAGAGUUGUAACCUAUAAUACAAUGAUUGUAGGAAGAGGGGUAGCGUUAAGAAGUCUCUGUUGGUUGGUCUACUAGUCAGGAGGGUGAUGUACAUGCCUAAAUGUAGCACUCCAAAAACCAAAGAACACCAGGAAAGAUCUGAAGGUUAAAGCUCUGUUAGAACACACUCACAAGCAAGAAGUAUGUACCCCCUAUCACUUUCAAUCAAACAGAAGGUAAACACACACACUCCUUAGUGAACCACACACACACAUACAAAGACCACACCUCUGUGCUCUAGACUAGGCCGCCACAGAAUGGUCAUUGAGUCUAGAACGCAGGUGAAUGUCAUUGUAUUGUUGUCACUAGUCUGACGUGGGUGAGCGAAUGAGACAAUGGGCAAGUCCCAAAUGGCAUCCUAUUCCCUAUAGUGGGAAGAAAGCUAUCCCAUAGGGCUCUGGUCAAAAGUAGUAAACUAUAAAGGGAGUAGGGUGUCAUUUAGGACUCAAACAAAACAUGUGAUCUCACUGUUUGAAUGAAUUGUUCAACCCAUUUCCAGAAGUUACUUGUCUGAACCAAUGAGAGAAAGGGAGACAUUUCCAGUUCAGUUCACCAUUUACCCUUACUGUAGUCUUGUUGUCAUAGUGAAUGUAGUUAACACUGGUUCUCCCCCCGUCUCUCUCUCUCGCUCUUCCCCCUAACCCUCUCUCUCUCGCUUCCCCCUAACCCACUCUCUCUUCUCCCCCUAAACUCCCCCUCUGGUCCCUCAGGGCAUUCUGGAGACCCAGCUACAGAAGGUGGACAGGAAGUUGAGCAAAGCAGAAAAAACUCUCCAGGAGCAGAAAGUGGAGGAACGAAUUAACAAGGUGAGAGUGCUGAUCCAGGAUAUGUUUUUUCUUGUAGACUGAAUUAAUAUGAUUAUAUGGACAGUGGGGGACCUGAUCCUAGAUCAGUGCUCAUAUUCUGUGACACUUUCUGAGUACAAACCCGGACUCUUAUCAUAAUGUAAGAUGUCAUGUAUUUGUUUGUUCACAGAGCUGUAUAUUUUCAUUGCGUGUUUACUCCAUUUUAAUGCGUUUUACUUUAGUGUCAGAUGAGGAGAAACUUUGGACACUGGUUAGUUGGUUUUCUCUGGUUAAACGCACACUUCUGCCCCCAUCUCUCAACCCUCUCCCUCUCUCUGUGCAGAAGUUCCUGGAGGAAUCGGACCAGCGGAUCACUGCAGUGGGGGAGGUGUUACAGGUCCACCUGCAGGGCUUCCUCACUGCCUUAAGGGACUCUACCCGCUCUCAAGGGGGCGAGUGUGGCCCCAACAUCCAGCGGAACAUAGUCAAGGUGGCCCAGGACCACGCUCGUCUGCAGGAUGUCCACAGCAGGAUCCAGAACCUCGCCCAGGAGAACGACCCCUUCCGCUUCCUAGAGGUCAGUGUGUGGUUUUUCCAUUUGAUUUGUUUUCAUUUGACAAAAAUGAAAUAAAAAAUUAUAUAUAUUCAGCCAUACAAUGGAUAUACAGUUGCGGCCAAAUAUAUUGGCAUCUUUGCACUUUUCUUAAAUAAUUCCCUAUUUCUUCUCAAAUAAGUUGACAUUUCAAACACUUUAGGUCACCACACGUUGUUGUUGGAUUUUCAACGUUGCAGAACCAAUUUUAUUUUUGUAGACUUAAGUUUACAAUUUUAAUUUAGAAAAUAAAGACAUGACAUGGACACAGUUAUUGUCACCCCGGAGCUAGUACUUUGGCCAAGAUAACUGCAGAUAAAUGCUUCUUGUAGCCAUCAAUGAGUAUGCUGCACCAUCCUACUGGCAAUUUGGCCCACUUUUUAGCAGCAAACUGCUCUAAUUCUUCAAUGUUUGAGGGGUACCCUCCACCAACUGCUGUUUUCAGAUCUCGCCAUAGGUUUUGGAUGUGAUUCAGAUCUGGACUCUUCGCUGGCCAGCAUCUCUUGAACCAUUCCUGGGUGCUUUUUGAUGUGUGUUUGGGGUCGUUGUCCUCCUGGAAGACCCACAACCUUCAAUGGAGACCCAAUUUUUGGACACUGGGUUGAACAUUGGACUCCAAAACGCCUGAUAAUCUGCUGAUUUCAUGAUGCUUUGCGCAUGUUUAAGGCCCCCAGUACCAGAGGCAGCAAAGCAACCUCCACAGCAUUAUCAAACCUCCUCGUUUUUGAUUGUAGGGCGAGUGUUCUUUUCAUCGAAUGCGUCAUUUGGUCGUCAGUAAACACAGUGCUGAUUUAUAUUGCCAAUGAGCUCUUAAUUUUGUUUCAUUGGUCCACAGAACAUUUUCCCAUGAUUUUAGGCUUAUGACAAGUUCAAUCAGGCUUUUUGUCUCCUUCAGCAGUGGGUUUUUCCUAUGUUUACCAAUGACCAGAUGAAGCAUAGAUGCGGUAAAGAGGUCAAUGGAACUCGACCAAAACAAUGGAAAUGCCAUGGAAACGCGUGGGGGAAAGAUCCCGAAUCUCCUCAUUGUCCCCCAGGAAGAUUUGCCUCCAUUUAGGCUAUUGUUUGUGUAUUUCACACUGUUAAGGUAAGAAUCAGAGUUUAAUGCUUGUAUGGAUGUUGACCCCAAUACAUGUUCAUGUCAUCACUAAUCAACUGCAUUACAGUUAAAAACGACUGACUACCACCACCGAUUUUUCUAUGCUACCAGCUUAUAUGAAUGUGAGUUAGCAUUUAGCAGUCACUUCUUCUAAACCUGAAAAGGGAGAUCUUCUAAAUGUUAUGCAGCGAAAACACAUUGUUGGCCAAUCAUGACGGAUUCGACGAAUAUCCACUUUGUUACAUCCGAUUUGUUGAAUGUGCGCCAAUCUGGCAUCCUUCUAUCUCCCAUGGUCUGCGUUCCAUUGACCUCUUUACCGCAUCUAUUCAAAGAAAAUAACUCCCUCCCCACAAUCAAACAUGGUGGAGGUUCGAUAAUGCUGUGGGGUUGCUUUGCUUCUUCUGGCGCUGGAGGCCUUGAAUGUGUGCAAGACAUCAUGAAAUCAACAGAUUAUCAAGGGGCUUUGGAGUGCAAUGUUCAACCCAGAGUCCAAAAACUGCGUGUCUGUUACAGGUUGUGGAUCUUCCAGUAGGACAACAACCACAAACACAUAUCAAAAGCACCCUGGAAUGGUUCAAGAAGCAGUUCUGGAGUGGUCAGCAAUGAGUCUAGUUCUGAAUCACAUCCAAAACCUAAGGCGAGAUCUGAAAACAGCAGUUGGUGGAGGGCACCCCUCAAACAUUGAAGAAUUAGAGCAGUUUGCUGCUGAAGAGUUGGCCAAAUUACCAGUAGAAAGGUGCAGCAAGCUCAUAUAUGGCUACAUGAAGCAUUUGUUGGCAGUUAUCUUGGCCAAAGUCUGUGCAACCAAGUACUAGUUCAGGGGUGCCAAUAAUUUUGUCCGUGCCAUUUGUCUUUAUUUUCUAAAUAAAAAUAGUCCAAUGACAAGGGUGUGGAGAUCAAUUUUAUUCUUCAACUUAUUUGAGAAGAAAUGGGAAGUUAUUUAGGACAAGUGCAAAGGUACCAAUAUAUUUGGCCGCAACUGUACAUGGACAAGUGGAUAUGCAUUUAAAAUCAUCAAGGAUAAUACAUAAUAAGUGGUUGAUGCUGUUCGCUGACCACAACAAAAAGUCACAUGGUCAGGAAAAUCUCCUGCUGUCCCAAAAUAGUUGUUUAUUUUUCGUUCUGUUUUCUGUAACUAAUAAAUGUUAUUAUUUUUCUCUGAUUUGCUGUUUAGGCGUACAAGUCAUCAAGCAAAAAGUAAGUUAUUGUUGUAGGUUACAGUGCCUUCAAAGUAUUUACACCCCAUGACUUUAUCCACAUUUUGUUGUUACAGCCUGAAUUUAAAAUAGAUUAACUUGAGAUUGUGUGUCACUGGCCUACACACAAUGCCCCAUAAUGUGGAAUUAUGUUUUUAGAAAUUUUUACAAAUUAAUGACAAUCUGAAAUGUCUUGUGUCAAUAAGUAUUCAGCCUCUUUAUGGCAAGCCUAACAUUACAGCCUUAUUCUAAAAUGGAUUAAAUAAAUAGAAAUUCCUCAUUAAUCUUCACACUAUACCCCAUAAUGACAAAGCGAAAACAGGUUUAGACAUUUGAGCAAAUGUAUUAAAAAUAAAAAACGGAAAUAUUACAUUUACAACAUUUAGAAAUUACAGAUAGUAAUGAACAGUCCUGAAUGUGAAAAAGUUAUAGAUGCACAAAUAUCAUACCCCAUAAAAAUGCUAACCUUCCCUGUUAAUGUAAUGGUGAAAGGUUAGCAUGUCUUGGGGGUAUAAUAUUUGUGCAUCUUAAAUUUUCGAACUCAUUAUCUACGAUUCAUUCAGGACUAUCCAUAAUCAUGGUAGCAUCCACAUUAAUGUUGAAGUGUUUAGAAACAUUAUAUUCUUAUUUACAAUUAAAGUGACUCUAAAAUGACACUAUUAUUUAUCAUUAAUUUCUAUUAGGCACAAAAUAAUCUGAAACACAACCAAACAAGCAGCAUGUCACGAUCAUUGAAGGACGGGUCAGACCAAGGCGCAGCGUGAAAUGCAUACAUGUUUAUUUAACAAAAUAAACACACGAACAAAACAACGUAACGUGAAGUCCUCAGGCUAAACACAAUACAAGCCUCUACACGGAACAAGAACCCACAACUAAUGAGUGACAACAGGCUAUGAUCCCCAAUCAGAGACAACGAGCGACAGCUGCCUCUGAUUGGGAAUCACACCCGGCAAAACAUAGAAAUACACAACCUAGAAAGAGAACAUAGAAAAUACAACGUAGAACUCCACACCCUGACUCAACAUACUAGAGUCCCGUACGUCAGGGUGUGACACAGCAAAUGCAUCCAACAAAUGUGUAGAGUCACAAGCUUGAUGUUAUCAUUGGGUGCUAGAAAUAUGGGACCAAAUACUAAACUUUUGACUACUUUAAUACACAUAAAUGAAUUUGUCCCAAUACUUUUGUCCCCAAAAAUGGGGGGGGGACUAUGUACAAAAAGUGCUGUAAUUUCUUAACAAUUCACCCGAUAUGGAUGAAAAUACAUGUGCUGGAGUACAGAGCCAAAACAACAAAUGUUGUCACUGUCCCAAUAAUUACGGAGGGCACUGUAUCUGUAAGGUCCCUCAGUUGAUCAGUGAAUUUCAAACACAGAUUCAACCACAAAGACCAGGGAGGUUUUCCAAUGCCUCACAAAGAAGGGCACCUAUUGGUAGAUGGGUAAAAAAACAAACAGACAUUGAAUAUCCCUUUGAUCAUGGUGAAGUUAUUAACCUCUUAAGGAUCGGACCCUUUUUUUCAAUUUUGGCCUAAAAUGACAUACCCAAAUCUAACUGCCUGUAGCUCAGGACCAGCAAGGAUAUGCAUAUUCUUGAUACCAUUUGAAAGGAAACACUUUGAAGUUUGUGGAAAUGUGAAAUGGAUGUAGGAGAAUAUAACACAUUAGAUCUGGUAAAAGAUAAUACAAACAAAAAAACAUCAGUUUUCUAUUUUCUUUUUUGUUCCUUCAUCUUUGAAAUGCAAGAGAAAGGCCACAAUAUAAUAUUGCAGUUUAGGUGCAAUUUAGAUUUUGCCCACUAGAAAGCAGCAGUGUGUGUGAAAAGUUUCAAAUUGAUCCAGUGAACCAUUGCAAUACUGGACUAUUUUGUAUCAAGUCUGCCCAAAUGUGCCGAAUUGGUCAAUUGAUACAUUUUCAAGUACAUAACUAUAGAGAACAUACAAAAAUGAUAUGGUAAUACAAAAUGUAAGUUUACACACUCCCAGGAAUGUCAUACAUGAUGGAUCAUUAGCUUAUACACUAACUUUCACACAUUUAGAUGGCCGGGCAGGGUGGGUGUGGAGCCAGAGACAGCAGGGGUUCAAACUGUAUAACCCAGUUCCUACAUUUGAAUAUAACAAUGGAUUUUAUCAAACAAAACUAUGCUAAAUGUUAUUUCUGAGACACUUAGGAUGACAAAUCAGAGCAAGAUUACUGAAUGUAAGUACAUUAUUUACCUUCAGAGGUGAAUGUAUCAAACCAGUUGCCGUGAUACGUUUUUUGUUGUUGUGCACUCUCCUCAAACAAUAGCAUGGUAUUUUUUCACUGUAAUAGCUACUGUAAAUUGUACUGUGCAGUUAGAUUAACAAGAAUUUAAGAUUUCUGCCCAUAUACGACAUGUCUAUGUCCUAGAAAGUUUGCUGUUACUUACAGUCAUGCUAAUCACAUUAGCGCACGUUAGCUCAACCGUCCCAUAUAUGGGACACCAAUCCCGUAGAGUUUAAUUAGACUUUGGAUGGUGUAUAGGGUAUGAAUACACCUAUUCACUACAAAGAUAGACGUCCUUCCUAACUCAGUUGCCGGAGAGAAAGGAGUGGCGCAGUGGUUUAAGGCACUGCAUCUCAGUGCUAGAGGUGUCACUACAGACCCUGGUUCGAUUCCAGGCUGUAUCACAAUCCGGCCAUGAUUGGGAGUCCCAUAGGGGGGCGCACAAUUGGCCCAGCGUUGGCCGGGGUAGGCCGUCAUUGUAAAUAAGAAUUUGUUCUUAACUGACUUGCCAAGUUAAAUAAAGGUUAAGUUAAAUUAAAUUAAAUAAAUAAAAAGGAAACCGCUCAGGGAUUUCACCAUGAGGCCAAUGGUGACUUUAAAACAGUUUCAUGGCUGUGAUAGGAGAAAACUGAGGAUGGAUCAAGAACCAUGUACUUACUCCACAAUACUAACCUAAUUGACAGAGGGAAAAGAAGGAAGCCUGUACAGAAUAAAAAUAUUCCAAAACAUGCAUCCUGUUUGCAACAAGGCACUAAAGUAAUACUGCAAAAAAUGUGGCAAAGCAAUUCACUUUUUGUCCUGAAUACAAAGCGUUAUGUUUGGGGCAAAUCCAAUACAACACAUUACUGAGUACCACUCUCCAUAUUUUCAAGCAUAGUGGUGGCUGCAUCAUGUUAUGGGAAUGGUUGUAAUCGUUAAGGACUGGGGAGUUUUUCAGGAUUAAAAAGAAACGGAAUGGAGCUAAGCACAGGCAAAAUCCUAGAGGAAAACCUGUUUCAGUCUGCUUUCCACCAGACAUUGGGAGAUUAAUUCACCUUUCAGCAGGACAAUAACUUAAAACACAAAGCCAAAUCUACACUGGAGUUGCUUACCAAGAAGACACUGAAUGUUCCCGAAAGGCCAAGUUACAGUUUUUACUUAAAUCUAAUUGAAAAUAUAUGGCAAGACCUGAAAAUGGUUGUCUAGCAAUGAUCAACAACCAAUUUGACAGAGCUUGAAGAAUUUUGAAAAGAAUAAUGGGCAAAUGUUACACAAUCCAGGUGUGGAAAGCUCUUAGACUCACAGAUGUAAUCUCUGCCAAAGGUGCUUCUACAAAGUAUUGACUCAGGGGUGUGAAUACUUAUGUAAAUGAUAUUUCUGUAUUUCAUUUUCAAUAAAUGUGUACAAAUGUAUAAAAACUGUUUUUCACUUAGUAAUUAUUGGGUAUUGUGUGUAGAUGGGUAAGAAAUUAAUUUAAUGAACUUUAAAUUCAGGCUGUAACACAACUAAAUAUGGAAUAAGUGGAGGGGUAUAAAUAAUUUCUGAAGGCACUGUAUACCUGAAAUGUCUGUCUGUGUGGGGUGUAACAUCUUGUGUUUGUGUGUCUCCUGUCUAUGGGUGAAAUGCCAUUUGCAGUGCGUGUCUGACUCAUCCUCUCUCCACCUGUCUAUGGGUGACAUCCAAUUUGUAAUGCGUGUGUCCCAGUUUCUGCAGGCAGUUGAAGAAGCCCCUCUUCUACCCAGAGUAUGUUGGUGUGGACACUGAAGGCCUGGCCGAGGCCCUGGAGGUUAAGCAGGAGGACUUCCUCACUAAUAUACGCUCCUGCGUCUCUCAACUCAUCGACGAUAUCUGUGAGUAAAAGACGUGUGUGUGUGUGAGUGAGAGAGACAAAGGAGAGGGAACUUUGUGCGUGUGUGUGUGUGUGUGUGAGAGGAAAGAAAGAGCUGUGUGUGUGUGCGAGAUAAAGGAACCAGGGUGUUGGAAGUUUGGAAUAAUUUGAAUACAUUUUGAAUUUGUGGUCAUGCACUAGUGUUGUCACAAUACCAACAUUUUACUAACUAUAUGAUGCCAGGCCAAGUAUCACGAUACCGAGUAGUAUCGCGAUACCACGGGGGAGCAAUUCAGUGGCCUAGCGUCCUGUUCGCCCCGUCCCCCGGACACUUGUUCCUGUUUUCUAAACGUUCUGCGCAUGUGCUACACAAAACACCUGUCACUGAUAUUCACACUUCUACUCAACGCAACACAUAUUGAAUGUAACUUCACACUGUUCACUGUAUAUAAUAGAAUACUGCAUUGAAUGGCUAAUUUGCUGAUAUUUGCAAAGGCCUACCUGUGAUUUGGCUGGAGGAAUGGACACAGACACACUCCCCCUCCCUCACACACUCUGUCUCCCUCUCUCAUAAACACACACACACCACUCUCUCGCCCACAAACAUACACACACUGCUCUCAACUUUUAAAACGUUAGGCACCAAACAGAAUGUAAGGAGCACCAGAAAGUGAUAGAUGUUUUAUAUAGUUUGGCCUAUAUGAAUCCUACCUUUUUUGAAGCACAUCUCAUAAGUAGAAGACCCUUUUCCUUCCUGUGCUUAGAACUACUGUCAAGUUAACUGGUUUUUAGCUAGCUAGGUAACAUGACUGAACAACAUUGUUUGUUAUGAAACCAAUAAUUAGCAGGCCGGGAUUAGUUUAAAAUGGCCCGCGACAUGGUUUGUGAAAUUAUAUCAUAUGCAUGCAAAAUUGUGCAGGAAGAAAAAAAAGGUAGCUCCAGGUUAUGAGUCAUAUUUUUUCCGCCGUUUUCUUUGCUGUAAAGCUGAAAGCAUGCCUGUCGCGAAGCUGUUUCCUCUCUGGCACUGCUGCGUGACAGCGAACUUGCAAAGCCUAUACUCUGACUGGCCUGUGCAGGAUUAAAUGAUAUACAAUGUAUUAACUUCGCUCGCUUUGCGCGCUGCUCCAAUGUAUCAAAUGUACAAAUGUAACAGAAGACUGAUCAGGGUCUCCAUCCCUGCCCGUCAAACAUUCAACUAAACAGCUGACUUUAUAAACAUUUUAUAACAGGCGCCAGCGGGUUCUUUAGAUUGGUAGGGCUGAAAAAGUUGGUAUUAUCAUAUGAAACGGUACAUCGGUUUUUAAAAAUGUUGGUAUCAUGACAUUUUGUUACUGUGAUAUUACGUGGUACUGGUAUACCGUGCAACACUAGCACGCGCGCACACACACAUUUGUUUCCCAGUGACAAAGUAUUGUUCUUCUCUUAAAGCUAGAAUAUGUAUUUGGUGAAACUGCCAAAUCCGUUUGGGAUAUUACAACAAAGUUACUUGAAACAAGAAGUAACUUUGGGGGGAUAUCAUUGCACAUGCGAUAGAACAGCAGAAUAUGUACUGCGAAAUUUCAUUAACAACGCUGCCGGACGCCGCUCUUCCGUUUCAUCAACAAAAUAAAAACAAAAGCACUGGGGGCGAACAGUGGCUCUGCUUCACCAAAUGCAGAUUCUAGUUUGAAUGGUUUUGUCUUCUACCAGGUCCUUCAGUCAGGGAGGAGGAGGACACCGGAGGAGAGGAGGAGGAGGAGGAAGAGGAGGAUGAUGAUGACGAGGAUGGCAGUGAUGGAGAUGAACAAGAGGAAGCUGAGGAGGAGAUGAGGAGCGAGGAAGAGGAGGGUAUACACGACCAGAACGAGUCAGCAGACGAACUCCACAGUUCGGAA